CUUUGUGAGUAAAGCCUUUUAGCUGUAGUGAAGUUAUGGAAGAAACAAGAAAGAGUGAAUAUUUACAAAUAAAUGUUUGCUUUGUUUACUCGCUUUCACGUCGUGUACUAUUAGUUCUAACUUUCAUCACCGGGUCAAAGUCGCGGGAAUAGACGAGGAAAUGUAGUAAACGUUCGUUCAUCGAUGUUGUUGCUUCACGAUGGAGGAACCUGCGACAAGACAAUUUAGCACGUCAGAAGAUGAUUUCCAUCCAGGAGAAGACAGCAGUGACAAUGGAAGCAUCAGAAAGAGAUGCGAUCCUCUAGUCCAGUCUCAGCGCAGUAAACUGCAGCACCGCAGAGCUGGCAUCAAUCAGCAAAUAAACAAAGAGAUGCGCAUGAGAGCUGGCGCGGAAAACCUGUUCAGAGCAACAAGGAACAAUAAAGUGAAAGAGACGGUGGCUCUGGAGCUCAGUUACGUCAACUCCAACCUGCAACUGCUCAAAGAGGAACUGGAGGAUCUUAACAGCAACAUGGAGGUCUAUCAGACUGACAGUGAUACCGUCAAUGUUCCCAUGAUCCCACUGGGUUUAAAAGAAACCAAGGAAGUCGACUUCACCAUGCCUAUCCAGGACUUCAUCAGCGAGCACUAUGGAGAAGACAGCUUGCUCUAUCAUGAAGAAAUAAAAGAGCUUACGGAGCUCCGACAGGCCAUGCGCACGCCCAGUCGUAACCAGACUGGCUUGGAUCUGCUGAUGGAAUAUUAUAACCAACUGUACUUCUUGGAUCAACGCUUCUUUGCCUGUCAUGGCACUCUGGGUGUGCACUUUCACUGGUACGACUCUCUGACGGGCGUUCCAUCGUGCCAGCGAGCUUUAGCCUUCGAGAAAGGAAGUGUUGUGUUCAACAUCGCUGCUUUGUACACACAAAUCGGUGCGCGGCAAGACCGUUCCACCGUGUCAGGAAUAGACCAAGCUAUCCAAGCAUUUCAGACAGCUGCAGGUACUUUUCAUUACCUGAAAGAGAACUUCUCCAACGCACCGAGUCUUGACAUGAGCGGACCGUCGCUCUGCAUGCUGGUCCGUCUGAUGGUGGCCCAGCUGCAGGAGUGUGUGUUUGAGCGCACUGUACUCACCACGCAGGACGCGCACUUCCUUUCCCUGCUGUGUUUGGCGCAGGAGGCAGCACAGGUGUCGGACUGCUACCUGUCCGUGCAGCAGGCCGUGUCGCAGCCGCUGAUGAAGGACUACGUUCCGUUUUCGUGGGCGUCCGUGGUCCACGUCAAGUCCGAACACUUCCGAGCGCUCGCACACUACUUUGCUGCCGUGGCUCUGUGUGAACAGAUGUUGUCUGAAGAAGACGUGAACGGUGAAGAGGAGGCAGAAAAAGCAUUUCUCCAUUUCUACAUCAACAUACCUGCAGAACCACCUGUAUCAAUGCUUUUAAGAGACCCGCAAAAAAGACGCAAGCUUGGUAAAGCUCACUUGCGCCUCGCAGUGAUGCGACACGAGGAAGCGCUGCGAGUCCACGGUUUAUGUAAGAUCUUAAGAAAGAUGGACAUCUUACAGGAUAUUCUAUCAGUGGCACACAAACGCUCUUUGGAAAAGUACUCUGAAAUGGACCGAGAAGAUGACUUUGAUGAAACUGCUGAGGCUCCGGAGAUACAACCUGCAAGUCGUCUCAAACCCGACAUCAUCCCAGCCAACUUUUCUACCGUCCAAGUUAAAGACAUCUUCCAAAGAUUGGGGCCCUUGCCAGUGUUCUGUGCUCGGGCUCGCUGGGUUCCCGCUCGUCCCAUUUGCCUCCCGAGGACAGAAGGUGGAUUGGGACUGACACUCAGAGGAGACUCCCCUGUGUUGGUGGCGGGGGUGGUCCCUGGGGGCUGUGCGGCCGAGGCAGGACUGAGGGAAGGAGACUACAUCGUGGCGGUGGAUGGACAGGACUGCAAGUGGGCCAAACACGCUGAAGUGGUGAACAUGCUGAAGAACUGCAGCGACAAAGGGGUGGAGCUUAGCGUGAUUACGUUGCAUUCGCACGAUGCUCAGGUUGCAAAAAGAGCCUUCAUGGUGUCUCACGGCGGCGAUAAAGAGAACUCCCUGCAGAGGGUUCUGGGCGUGGCUAAAGGACAGAGCUCCGCCUCCUUACUAAACUGGAACAGGAAGAAGAAAAGGGAAGGCAACGCGACAUCGAAGAGACUGGGAAGCACUUUCAGUUUGUCUUUUGGGAGCCUCAGAGACACAGAAGGCAUGUAUUGACUUUUGGAAAAAAAACUUUCAAAACUAAACAAGUAGCAACAAAUAUAAGUUGUCAUCAUUUGCACUGCUGAACAAAAUAUUGUACAUCUCUGAUCUUACAAAAAACUGUGUCUCAACUGGUGCACUUGCAUACUUACUUAGUCUUUAAGUGCAUAAGUGUGUUAAAUAAGCAUACUUACACUUAGUCUUUAAAUUGCAUAGGUGCAGUACAUGAAUGUUGUACUCAAAAUUAGAGAUGUCCAAUAAUAUCGGACGGCCGAUAAAUGCUUUAAAAUGUAAUAUCGGAAAUUAUCGGUAUCUGUUUCAAAAAGUAAAAUGUAUGACUUUUUAAAAGGCCGCUGUGUACACGGACGUAAGGAGAAGUACAGAGCGCCCAGAAACCUUAAAGGCACUGUCUUUGCGUGCUGGCCCAAUCACAUAAUAUCUACGCCUUUUCACACACACAAGUGAAUGCCAUGCAUACUUGGUCAACAGCCAUACAGGUCACACUGAGGGUGACCGUAUAAACAACUUUAACACUGUUACAAAUAUGCGCCACACUGUGAACCCACAUCAAACAAGAAUGACAAACACAUUUCGGGAGAACAUCCGCACCGUAACACAACAGAACAAAUACCCAGAAUCCCUUGCAGCACUAAUUCCCAAAUCCCAAAUUCCAAGCUGCUGUUUUGAGGCAUGUUAAAAAAAAAAGCACUUUGUGACUUCAAUAAUAAAUAUGGCAGUGCCAUGUUGGCAUUUUUUUCCAUAACUUGAGUUGAUUUAUUGUGGAA